ACCUCACAGGAAAUAAAGAAAGAUAUGAAGAAAGACCCUCUGUCCAACAAAGCUCCAGAGAAGCCCAUGCACGAUGUAGCUGUUGGAAAUGCUUUGCUGUCUUCUGAAACCAUUUUAAGAACCAAUAAGCGAGGAGAGCGACGGAGACGCAGAUGCCAGGUGGCAUUCAGCUACCUGCCCCAGAAUGACGAUGAGCUUGAGCUGAAAGUCGGGGACAUCAUAGAGGUUGUGGGAGAGGUAGAGGAAGGAUGGUGGGAAGGUGUACUCAAUGGGAAGACUGGAAUGUUUCCUUCCAACUUCAUCAAGGAGCUGUCAGGGGAGUCGGAUGAUCUUGGCAUUUCCCAGGAUGAGCAGCUAUCCAAGUCAAGGCCUGAAGGUUUCUCUCCAGCUUCUCUGCUACCCUUUCCAGCUCAUGGAGCAAAAGGAAAGACUACCUUUGAAGGGACAAUUCUGUACCGUGCUGCACCGGGAAAGACGGAGGGCCACAGACGCUAUUACAGCUUAAGAGAAACCACAGGCUCUGAGAGUGAUGGGGGUGACUCAAGCAGUACCAAGUCUGAAGGUGCCAACGGGACAGCGGCAACUGCAGCCAUCCAGCCCAAGAAAGUUAAAGGAGUGGGGUUUGGAGAUAUUUUCAAAGACAAGCCAAUUAAACUAAGACCAAGGUCAAUCGAAGUAGAAAAUGACUUCCUGCCAGUAGAAAAGACAAUUGGGAAGAAGUUACCUUCAGCUACAGCAACUCCGGAUCCAUCAAAAACAGAAAUGGACAGCAGGACCAAGA